AUGUCAGUUUGUCCAGAGUUUACCCAGAAUGCUUGGAGGAAGGAGUUAUGUGCAAAUUGUCAAAGACCACGAGGUGAACAUUCCUCUCCAGUUGAUUUGGCAUGUACUUCCAAAACAUCACCAAAACCAACAAAACGUACAUCUGUGAUAUUGAAGUCAUCUGUUAGCAGUUCAGUUGAAAAUGGACAGACUGAUCUAGUAAAUGGCAAUAAGUCUAAACAAGGAUUAAACAUUUUAGAUAACAACUCCUCUAAUAAACCACAACUAAAAAGUGCAUUAUCUAAUUCUAAUCGUAAGAAUAAAAGUGGAAAAGUUGUGUUUGAUACAUCAAAAGCUAAAGUUAUCGGAUGUGAUGGUGGUUUAGAUAAUCUUUAUGAUGAUAAUGACAAUAAUGAUAAUGAUACAUCUGACUCUAAGCCCAAUUUUACCUUCACCAAUGAAGAGAAGAAGUUUGCUAUGUUAGCACUUGAGAACACUAUAUGGAAUGCUGAAGUUACAAAUUUACAAAUUAAUAGUGAUAAAAAGCGUUAUAAGGCAGAGUGUAGAGAGUUUGAAGAUGUUCAUUUAGAUCUUCUGUCAUAUUUUGAACCAAAAAGGUUUAGUAAUUUAAAAGAUUGUGAUGCAAUACCAGUGAAUUCUGUUAAUUAUGGAACAUUCCCUGUUCGAAAGAAACAUGUGGAUUCCAAAGUGAAAUUAGAUGACUAUUUUAAUUCACAAUGUAAAAUGUCUAAUGACAUAGAGUUCAAUAGGAUAGCUGAUACUGUAGAGAAUGCUGAUAGUGAGUCUUCAGGUUCUGAAAACUAUCGACAUUUACCCAGUAGUGUGAAUCGUGUGAAAUCCUUAACACCUUCCACUAACUCAUCUUUAUCAUCUGACAGUGAUAAAUCAUUUAAUUCAGACUCAUCCAGUAAACUAACACCAGGUAUAGAUGAGAUAGCUGUACCAUAUAAGAUAGUCAGUGUUAUCACAAAAAAAUAUUCCUUUUCAGAAACAAAGGACUCCAAGGAUAAAAGUGAAUCCUAUACAAUGGAUGACAUAACUGAAUGUUUGUAUGGAACAGGUGAAGAAAAUUGUACCCCGAAAAAGUCAGCUAAUGUGAUGAUUAAGUCUUUCUCUGAAGAUAGACCAGUUAAGAAACCAGCUCCCAAUCCUAAAAUCCUUAAAAAGAGUGUUUCUGAAACACCAAAACAUGAAGAAAUGGAUUCUGCUAGUAUGGAAGCCGUGGAAAUGUUGAAUGAUGUCCUUGCAUGUUACAGUGAAGGAGAGGAUCUUCGUGGAUCAAUGUCCAAGAAAGAUAAAGCUAAAAAGUCAGCAUUUGAAAAUAAUUUAGCUACAGUUGCUGCUUCUCUUGAUCUUCAGAAGACUAAAUCUAAACGACCUGCUCCAAGACCCCCUAGUUCACCACCUCCCGAACCACAAGUUUCUCCAACCAGAAAAUUAGCUAAUAAAGAUGAAGUAGAACCAGUAUUUAAGAUGGUACCUCUUGGUAAAUCUAUAGUAUCACCACCACCACCAGAAUCACCUAUUCCAGUAUCUAAAUCACGUAAUGACUCCUCCUCCAGUCUAGAAGAACAUUUCUUCAAUGAUAAUGGGGACAUGUCGCGGUCUAACACAAAGUCAGCAGAGAAUGGCAAGUCAAAGAGAGGCAUCACUUCAUUUUUUAGGAGUGUGUUUCGUAGAGGGAAAGAAUCACCAGAACCAAUUGAACCUCUGAAUCCUGAUAUCACUUUGAUGAAAGCUGAGUCUAGAUCUGAUAAUUCUACACCCUCUACUGAAAUGGAGAGCGUACAGGAAGAAAGUAAAGCAUCUCCAUCAAUGAAAAGAAGCUCUAAAUUCUCACCACAGCCAAAAUUUCGAGUACUACCUAUUUCCUCUAGUCAAGAUAACCAAUCUGAUUCAGCUACUGCUAGUCCUUCACCUUCUCGUAAAAAUGAUAGUACAUCUAGUCCCAAACUGAAAAGAGAUCGAGUAACUUUUUCUCCACCUACUCAACAUAAAACAUUUGCAAAUCAAGAACUAGAAGAACCCAAGGAACCCAAGACGGAAGCUUCAAAACCAGUUGCAGCACCUAAACCAGAAAUAUCAGCAAAACCUACUAAAGCAGGAGAGGAUGUUGUUAUUAGAAGACGUGCCAAGAGUCCCAAAAGAACAGCCCCUCCAGUACCUCCUCCUAAAAGAACAUCAAUACCAAACAAAACCUCAAAUGCUAAUAACCCAGAUUUCGCUAAAGAAUUAGAGAGACGAUUAAGUAGACCUGUUGAUUUAAAUACUAUUAUAGAAGCAAGAAGAUCAAUCACUGAAAAAAUGGGCCCCCCUCCUUCCCCUCCACCUAAAACUUGUGCUUCACCUGUUGAAGAAGAAAAAGAGUCUGAAUCACCAUCUCCUCCUGAGAUACAGGAAGAGAGUAAAUCAAAUGAUGAUAUUCUACCAGUAGAAAAGAUUGAGUUGCCUACUGCUGAUAGACAAGGUAGGAAAAGUUUUCUUGGGAAGCUGUCCAAACCUAAACAACGAGCUCCGCAACCACCAUCAGUUAAAAGAGCCAAGUCAAUUAAUGAUUCUACAUUACCGAGAAUUGAGAAGAAGAAUAAAGGAAAGAAAAUUAAUGUUGCUGAUAUAUCUGGCCCAGUGAUGGUAACUGAUGUAGUUAAUAAUAAAGUGUUAGAAAAUAGACGUAAUACAAUAUCAUUAGGUGAUGAACCAGCUUUCACUACAGCUGUAACAUUGGAAUCUGAUUGUAAUAUGGAUAAUAGUUUUGAAGAUCUACCAGUUAUAUCACCCCUUGGUUCACUGGAAAAUCUAUAUGAAUCCAUUCUUCCAAAAUUUGGUGGCAGACCACAUUGGUAUGAUCCAGUUAAAGAAGAUAAAACUAUUAAAAAACCUACAGCUUCUAUUCCAGUGGAAGGCUAUUUAGAGCCUGUGGCUACCCAAAAUCCUAUGAUAUCUAAGACUUCAGUUAGUACCCUGAAUGUGAGUCUACCAUCCACAGAAUCAUUAACAACUGGUACCAGUUCCACUAAUAUAAUGACCACUAGCAUGAUAGUAGACCAUCAAUUUCCUCCAAGUCUCAACCACUCUGGCAUGUCAACCAGUUUCUGUGCUAGUUCAACCCUUCCUAGAGCUUCCAAAAAAACUAAAAAACCUAAUACUAAUACAUUAAAUAAGACAAUUGGUGGUAGUAUCAUAAAUAUCCCCCCACCCCCUCCUCCCCCUGUCAAAGAAAAGAAACCAGUGUCUAAUGAACCGGGUAAUACUACUGCUGAUGAAGAGAGAAGACUGUUAUUAGCAUCACAACCUAUCUAUGAAGAAAUCAAUGGCUAUUAUAAACUAGAAGAGGAAGACACCAAAUCUGUUGUAUCACAAAUAUCACAGUUAACUAAUGUACCAGAAGCAGAUACACUAGUAGUUACAGAAAAUACAACUAGAUCACAAUCAAAAGAAACAUUAUCAUCAGAAUCAGAUACCCAAUCAACUUGUAGUACAUUAUCACGACCACGUCCUAUACCCAGACGGCGACCAAAACGUCCAGAUACAGGUGGCUCUGAUCAGUAUGUUUCUAUGAAUAGAUCUAAUGUGGCUGUUACUCUAGGUGAAGAGAGAUUACGUGAUGUUUACAGUAAACUAACUGGUAUCAAUCUGAAAGCUUUACAAGAUAUCUAUGCUCAAACUGAAGCUAUAUUAUCUACAGAAAAAUUAUCUUUAUUAAAUCCACAGAUGUUAAAAUGGGUAGAUUUUGAUGUAUAUGGUCAACCAUUACAUUCAUCAGAGAGGUGUAUUGUGUACAAUGCUAAAUAUAAAGCCAACAAUUCACCAUGUCAAUUAAUGCUAUUACAUUCAAGACCAGCUACAGAAAUGAGUUCAACAUGUCAUCCUAGUUUAUUAAAACCUGUAGCUGUAUUUGCUGAUACCAUUCCUUUUGUUAACUUAUCAGAAGAAUUUAUCAAAACAAGUCAAGUUGCUCAGAAUUCUAUUUAUGAUACUAAUCUAGCUAAAUGUUUUAUUGCUGUUGGAAGUUUUGAUAUAAUUGAAACUUUAGACAGUCAUAUUGCACUAUUAAGAGAAACAUUAUCACACAAUUUAGAUGCAUUAAUGCAUAUCAUCCUAACAUUAGCUCUUCAGUUAUUAAGUGCUAUGUCUCAUUGUUUAGAUCAAGGCUAUACAGUGACAGAGCGAGAUUUCCGUGAUGUGUUUUUAUUAACCAGAGCAGAUUUACGUGGUAAAAUUAUAGCAUUUUUACCACAUCAAAGAUCUCAUGAUGCUCAUCAAGGUGAAGCUAUGUGUACGUUUAUUGAUAAAUUAUUUAAAGAUGUUACAGCUGACUAUCUGGAGUUUGAAGAAGAGAAUGAGACCCUAUUAACAAUAGAGAAUAUGAGGUUAAUGUUAGAACCUAAACGUGUUGAUUGUUUAGCUCAAGUUCGAUCAGUGGUAGAAUAUUUAUUAUGGGGACCCAAUAAAUCAGAUCUACUCAAUGAUGAUAAAGAUAGUGAAAACAGCAUAGAACAAGAACUAAGUAUUUGGUUGGAGAAAGAACGUGCUGUAGGUGUUGCCAGAUUUGCUAAGAAUAUUUGUGGUAUAUCUAAUGGUAUAGCAUUAGAUGAUUAUUACAGAUUGAAGUUUUUACUCAAAUCAAGCGCUGUAGGAUUAGCUGAAAGCACUCGGCGCUUGCCAUGAUAACUGUUGUUUGAUUAUUUUGUUUUGUUUUAGAUCUGUCAAUUUCUAAGGUGAAAUUUGAAUUAUGCGGUCAUUAUUUUAUUUUAUAAAUCUUUUUAACUUUUAUUAUUACUUUUAGACUGUCAUGGAAAAUACUUCUCAAUUUAUGAGAUAUUCAUUUUUAUACUUUAGAUAAUUUUAAUGAUUUCAUACUAAACAACUGUAUUUAUUUAACACAAUGUUAAUUUGAAACUAUUAGGUGCAUAUUUAACUAUUCAUACAGACAUAGUUUUUAUUUGCUGCUGUGACAGUCACUUAUUUGUGUGCAAAUAUGUGAUCUUUGAUUAGAAUCUGACUUGAUGUACCAGUUUGAAGUUCAGAAAUCAAGUGAAAUCUUGGUCAAUAACAACUUGAUGUAAGAUUGUAAAAAAAAAA